GUUUGGCAGCUGCAUGGUUCCACGACUCGCAGAAGCUCAGCUCCCAUGUUUACCAACGAGAUCCAAGCCGAGCCUAUGAUUUCACGCCCGUCAAAUUAGGCGACUGUGCUAGACCCAAGGCAGUAAACAACGGGCACAGAAGCGCCUCGUUAGCAGCAAGGUUGGAUCGGACGGGUAAACAAGACGUCAGCGGUUGAUUGAUUGCGUCUCGAGCGUUCCCACCCAGCUCCCAAACCGCCCGGUUUCCAAGCCCAAUCUAUGAUGACGAGAGAGCUCUGGGCGUUGGCGCAGUCAUAACCUUUAACGAAACAGGCGCUGGGUCCGCCGGCUUUCCCAAACGAUCCCGCAAAUCACCAAAGCACGGCCACCACCACUAUCACCUGAAUAAUGAUCCAGUAGACGAGAUCGGCUUUUUAACGUUUCCACUUCACUCAUUCAUCUCUAAAGCAAAGCCAUCUUUUCGACCUGGUCAUAUUCACUACGCUCGUUGAAAAUCUGCUCUUGCUGUCCGACCCUCUUGCUUUCGUUCAGAAUCUUUUCUGCCAAUCGCACUGCACCACUGUCUCCGGCCGGUCAUUUGUACUUGCAGCUGCGCCGAUCUUUUGGAACCUCCAUGGCGAAUUGAGGAACAUAUCGCUUUCAGACACCCCCCAAACCGAUUCGGUCAAGGCCUCAGCUCCUGCGCUGCACGGCCCUGCCCACCUGCUGUCAUUUCAGUCUUCUGGUCUAAGGCCGCAAGAGCCACCCAUAAUCACAAUUCACAACAUGGGCCGACUUCGAAAGUUGUCCCAGAGCUUGAAAGCAGCGGCCUUGGGCAACUAUUCCAAUGACUCGACGCAAUCGUUCUCGAGAGCAGCCUCCAACGAUCACACUCAGGUAGUCGAUAAGGACUCACCUGCUCCGUCCCCAGACCUGACAGCCACGACCUUUUCCGAAACCCCUCCAACAAACCCUCGUCCAGAUCGAACUCCUUCUCGACCGACCUCCAUGGUCUACACACCGCCGUCGAUGGAGAUGGGAAGAGACAACCACGUCGAAGAGCUGGUACCAGUCUUUAGUUUCCUAUCGAGUCAUGGCAACAAGCUUUACCAAGAAGGCUACUUUCUCAAGCUGAAUGAUCUCGAUACACAUGGCCGGCCAUAUUCCGAUCGCAAUUGGACAGAAUGCUUCGCUCAAUUAGUCGGGACGGUACUCUCGCUUUGGGAUGCAGCUGCUCUGGAUACAGCAGGUCAAGAUGGAGAAGUCGCUCCAACAUUUAUCAACCUGGCGGAUGCGUCCAUCAAGAUGAUCGAGACCCUUCCCACCCGCAACCCAGAGGUGGCUCCUCUCCAGAACGUCCUAUCCAUCUCUACCGCAGGCAAAAAUCGAUACUUGUUACAUUUCAACUCCCUGCAUUCUCUGACUCAAUGGACAGCUGGAAUCCGGUUAGCCAUGUUUGAGCAUGCCUCUCUGCACGAACUCUAUACUGGCUCCUUGAUCGCUGGCAAAGGCAAAUACUUGAAUAAUAUUCGUACGAUUAUGGAGAAAUCGAGGUUCAGGACAGAAGACUGGGCACGAGUCAGAUUUGGCGCGGGCACUCCCUGGAGACGUUGCUGGUGUGUGAUUGAACCUCCUGAUGAGAAGGAAUGGCAGAAGUCGAACAAGUCCCUGAAGAAGAAGUCCGCAUACGAGCGACCGUCCAGGCCAAAGGGUCACAUCAAGUUCUACGACACAAAGAAGACGAAAAAGGCCACCCCAAUAGCCACCAUCACCGAUGCAUAUUCCGCCUACGCCAUCUAUCCUCAAGCAAAGUCACUGAUCGACCAGUCCACGCUCGUCAAGGUUGAAGGUCGGAUCACGAUCCAUUCACGACCCGAGUCUAAAACGGAGGGCUUCGUCUUUGUGAUGCCUGAGCUUCAUGCAGCCGUGUCCGGAUUUGAAAUGAUUCUGCGUUGGUUGUUCCCGGUAUACGACACAUUCCAUCUCUACGGCCGUCCACAGCGGUUGAUAGCAGACACUUGGGACACCAGAGGGUUAAUGUUUGCCAUGCCCAAGGAGCGAAGAUAUGGCUACAUGGACAUUAUCGAUGUCGCAGCAUUGAUUCACACUCAAGGCAGUGAUAAGUGGAGUGAACGAGAAUGGCGCAAGCAGUUGAAAGAAUCAACUUCUCGGCGUAUGGCGAUGACUGUGCAGAGUCGGAGAAGCAGCAACCUAGAAGGAAGAGGAGCCGGUAGGACUGCUUCGGAAUCGAGGCAAGGUGUGCAAUACGAUGACAGAGCGUCAAUACGCUCCACACCGUCCACUCGACACCAGUAUAAUCAGUCGACCGACGCAGUUUUUGCGUCACCAAGAAAAACGGCAACGGCUCCAACAAAUGGUCCAUAUCUUGCACCUGGACAGGGCCACCACUCAAGGGCCGUAUCAGAGUCAGUGACAUACUUGUCUCCAACAAAACAACGUCGGCAAAAGGAGAACUAUCAACCGUCUAGGUUAUCAACCGAGUUCUCUGAGAUGGAGCCCAUUCAACCUGCUCCCGUGCCUCCGAAUCAUCGCAACGGUGCUUUCAAGAACCAUGCACUUGUCACCGAGGCCGACUCUCCAGUUAGUCGAUACAGUUCCGACAGCGAUGGUCAGCCACAGACCAACGCAGAAGAUGUUCAAGCUGAUGUGAGACAACAAACACCGCCUGCACCUGUAGUGGCGCCGCCCAACUUUCAACACCAGGCAGGUGACGUUCCUCAGAGGAGACCGGAUGCCAGGCCAGAUCUGAGGCGCGAGAAAAGUCGCAUGAGUAAUGCCACUUUGUCUCAGAUGGCUGACGUGAACAAAGUGGUUAGUGGUGGGGCGGCGGGGCGUGCUGCAAUGGUGGCGUGGAAUAAUGGAAGACAGGGGGAAGAGGAUCAGGGGUCUCCGUACCGAGGGGUAAAUUCAACACCCCACGAUGAGAACGAAAUGUCUGCUAAUCAACAUGCUUCUCAAGCGAUGGUAGCAGAUGGUGGUGCUUUUACACAAAGCCCAGCUGAUAUCAGACCAGAAUACCCGCAAUUUGCCCACGAACAGUCGAUGACUCAAAAACCAAUCACUCGAAAACCGGUCCCAACGUCAGCAUCAACUCUUCUGGCUCCUCCCACGCGCUCAGAGUCUCCCAGCAACAUGUCUAGAUAUUCAGCGUCCAAUUACGACAACGACUCCAACGAUACCCCGGACUAUGAUAGUCCUCCCGAAGAUCCUAACCCCUCACUCCUCCCAAGACGGAGGAGAACCGGGGUGUUGAGGACCGUUGGCGAUCCCAGUUUGGGCAACACAAGCGAUCCGCCGGGACAGCCUUCCAAAAUUGACAUCCCCGCUGUCGACUUUGGCAUCACCUACACUCCGACUCUGACUCCAGGACACAGUCGCCCUGCGACUGCGAGUGGCAUACUCGACGUACCAUCUACGUCCAAACUCCCUCACACAGCUCCUGCGACUCCCCAGGCGAGGUCUCCCCAAGAUGAGAAGAGAAUAUCGUACAUCGACAGCUCAAGUGGACUUCCAAGUCAUUCUCGGUCGUCAAGCUAUACUUGGCAACCUGGGACUGUUACAGGCCGGCAAAGCCCUGGUGGAGGCUUAUCCGCAGAAGAGUUUGUCCUGUUAAGGGCGGCGAGUGCUCGGAUCCCUAAUGGGUAUGUGCCUCACCGGAGCGUUUCGUACAGCCAACUCGAAUCCCCCAGCAAACUUCAGAAAAAGAAGGAUUCGCCCGGCAGGCCUAGCUCGAGGAACUCAUUGCUUGUCGACUAUUCAUCACACAUGACAGCCAGAGAACAAGAACACGUCGCCAAGAUGACAGGGGGUCCUCUGAUUCAAAUUGGUGAAAGGAGCAAGACUCCUGAUCCGUCCAUCGGCUUGAUUGGCGCGAUUGAAGCUCGUGAACAGGAGAAAAGGAACAUGAAGCAGGGAGUGGCCGGCCAUAUGGUCAAAGAGGCGAUUGCGCAAAGACAAGCGGCCGAGCGCAACUAUGGGAAUCAGCAAUAUCCACAGUAUGGCUAUGCGAUGGACUCCAGACAGAGUGGCCAGGGUAUUUAUCCUCAAUCGCCCAGCCCAUCACCAUCAUCACAGAUGCAUCAGGCGUGGACCGACCAGCAGUUGUACCAAUAUCAAUCACCAUCUCAGAUGCAACGACGACAAAGUCAGAUGGAUCGUUCACGACUUAGUGGAUACUAUUCGAGCCCAGGAGGAUAUGGCACACGAUAGACGAUGAAGUUGCAUGUCAUGGUUGCAUGAUUUUGCAUUGCGAGCGGUCAUCAGGUUGGGUUUGUGCAAGAUUUCUCGAAUCAUGGCUUAGAGGUGAGCCAAUGGGUUGCAUCAUGUUGCAUUAGCGUUAAGGGUGUUCUUGUACAGUACAACGGAUCUUGCUUAAGACGUGCUGGCCCGUAAGAGCCAGCAAGUAAGAUAUCUACGUGGUUGCAGCGGAAUUCAUCUAUGUUCAAUGUCCAC